UUUCAAUUUCAAAAUAUCAAAAUACAUAAUUGUAGAAUAGUUUUUUUUUUUCUAGAAAUUAUAGAAAUUAAUAUUUUAAAAGUACAUAAUCAUGGUAAAAAUUGCAUUGCAAAUUAAAGCAACUUUAGAAAAUAUUGUAUCGGUGCGAACUCAUACAGAUUAUAAUUACUUUUUAAAAAUUAAAUGUACAAAUUGUAGUGAAGAAUCCGAUAAAUGGCAUGAUGUUAACGAAAAAGAAACAUUUCCAUCGAAAACAGCCAAGUCAGAUGUGAAUUUUUUAGUGAAAUGUAAACUUUGUUCGCGUGAAAAUAGUUUAGAUAUAAUUCCAAAAUCAACCGGUGAAUAUACCAGUGACGACCAAGGAAAAUUUAAAACAAUUGUUGUAUUUGAUUGUCGUGGUAUUGAACCAACAGCAUUUUCACCGCGUGACGGAUGGAUUGCAGUUGCCGAAGAAAGUGGAAAAGUAUUUGAAGAUGUUGAUUUAACAGAAAAAGAAUGGGUUGAUUAUGAUGACAAAACAAAUCAAUCAGUUGGGAUUUAUGAAUUAGAAUCACAAUUUGUUAAACAAAAAUAAAAAUCUUAAAUAUAAAACACGA